GGUAAGGAGGUCCUGACAUAACUAGUGUCACUGGUCCUGCCUCUUCUACAGGCGAAAAUAGACGACGCAGAGAAAAUGCCAAGAGAAGGCGAUGACUCAGAGAUCGCCUUGCUCAGGAUACAACUUGAAGCUUGUCUGGCAAGGAAUACUUCCCUGGAGAAAGAAAAUCAGGAGCUGAGGCAUGAAGCAGCACGCCUUAAGUCGCAGAUAAGCUCCCUCAAGGCGCACGACAACGAAAGGAAGUCCCUUCUCUGGAAGAAGAUACAGAACUCGCUAGAGAGCGAAAGUGCAUCUCUGCAGAAACCAACUGCUAAGAUAGUGGAACAUAAUUCGCCCACCCAGAACUUAUCUCCGAGACUGGCUUUUGCAGCUAAAAAGGAAAGAGAAGAAAGGAUCCCGAUUCCGCCACCGAAGCCUAAUGGUAAUCUUGCUUCCUUUAAAGAUGAGAAUGGGAAAAAGUCGCCAUCGGCACCAGCACCACCCCCACCGCCACCGCCAUCAAGAUCUCUUUCAGGGAUCCGAGCAGUUCGCCGUGUGCCGGAAGUGGUGGAGCUGUAUCGUGCGCUGACGAGGAAAGAUGCACGGAUGGAGAACAAAUCCAACCCAACAGUAGUACCCACAGUCACCUUCACUAGGAACAUGAUCGGAGAGAUCGAGAACCGCUCUUCUUAUCUCUCGGCUAUUAAAUCUGACGUGGAGAGGCAGGGGCAAUUCAUCAAUUUCCUAAUCAAGGAAGUGGAAUCGGCAGCCUUCAAAGAUAUGACUGACGUGGAGGCGUUCAUCAAGUGGCUGGAUGAAGAACUGUCGUCCUUGGUCGACGAGAGGGCGGUCCUGAAGCAUUUUCCACAUUGGCCCGAAAGAAAAGCAGAUGCCAUGAGGGAAGCGGCUUUUAGCUAUCGGGACUUGAGGAACUUAGAAUCCGAAGUUUCUUCAUUCCAGGACAAUCCCAAGGAGCCCCUCAUCCCGGCCCUGAGACGGAUGCAAGCAUUGCAAGACAGGUUGGAGCAAAGUAUUAACAACGUGGAGCGGAUGAGAGAGAGCACGAGUAAGAAAUACAGAGAUCUUCAGAUUCCUUGGCAAUGGAUGCUGGACACGGGACUGAUCGGUCAGAUGAAGCUGAGCUCGCUAAAACUGGCGAAGGAAUACAUGAAGAGGAUAGCUAGAGAGAUGCGCUCCAGUGAGUACUCACAAGAGGACAAUCUUAUGCUUCAAGGGGUUCGUUUUGCUUUCCGAGUUCACCAGUUCUCAGGUGGCUUUGAUGACGAAACCAUAGGUGCAUUUGAACUACUGAAGAUGGCUGGCUCGGGUUAUCAGAAACAACAAAAUAUAGCAACAGACUUGUAAUCAUAUGCAGUUGGCAGGAUACAGACUAGAGAAAGUCGAAGAGCGAGUGCUACACUUACAGAGAAAUAUCGAUGGUAAAUGUUCUCAACCGUGACAAAAUUGAUAUGGCGUCCUGGGGUAUCAUUUAUAAUCAUCUGAAACACCAGAAUUCUAUUUGAUAAUGAACAUUUGCCAACAUGCCAUAUCAAGUUACCCUGUAAUCAUAAAGCUAAUUGAAGAGUUAUCUCAUAUUUCCAUCCUAUAUCUCACUUUUAAGCUGUGAAGCUGUUUAUGAGUGGAAGAUAGUACAACUUUCUUUACUUGUUAUGUAGAUUUUAGUUUUGAGGGAUUUAGUUAAUCAUUACAAACACAUUGCAGUACUUAUCAUAGGGCAUUAGAUAACCUCCAGUGCAUUGUGAGACUAUCUUAGGGCAUGGUUGUUGCUGGAAUCUGCACGGUCCAUUGUUACCAGUCCCAAGUCCAAGAGCAAAGAGAAACUGCAAAAAGGCCCCGGAGUUUUCUCCUGUUAGCCCGUCUGAUGCUAAAGUUAGUCGGCACUCAUGGAGGAUGAGAGAGAGAGAGAGAGAGAGAGAGAGAAGGGCAGGGCUUCGUAGGAGAAUAAGGCAUACCACGAUUAGAUACCAUGUGCUUAGGAAAUGGACCUCAUUGUUUUAGCCAUGCUGCUAGCUAGGAUUCAAAUUCCCAUGGGGCCUUCCAGUGGGUGGUGGACUUAUUCUUGUAUCUCUGAUUCUUUUACACUCAAAAGAACUUCAUAUGUUUAGAGAGGUCCUGAUGCAAACUCCUGCAAGGAGCCAAAAGCAUAUACGGUAUCUCCAAAACUGGACUCCCCACCAAACUCUGAAAGAUUCAUCUACCAUGCUCAUCACAAGUAUGGAAUUUGCGCAUUUGGGAAGGUGGCGAGGCUGUUGCUGGGUCCUCAUCCUUAACCAGUUUGGCAAAGAACUGCUCAUAUAGCACGUUUAUGAAAUGAGAGCAGUUCUGUUGUUUAAGCUUCUGUUUGUUGUUUGUUGCACUCGGGAAUUCCUGUUCCUUGCGUUGA